AUGAUUAGAAGAAUAUUAAAAAAAAAAAGAUUAAUCACUUUUUUGUUUCUUUUCUUAUACUUCACAAAUUUAGAAGAAAAGUUCAUAAAAAAGGAAGUGGAAAAAAUUCCGUUUGUAAGCAUUUUCCCAUAUACUAAAAAAUAUAAAAAUAAUUUUUUUUUAUCAGUACUACUAUAUGUGAAAAAAAUGCGGGUAGAAUUUCACAAUUCCUUAUUAAAAAGAAUAAAUCUGAAUAAUUUUUUUGUUUCUUCUAAAGUUAUAUAUGGGUUAUAUGAUGAUGAAAAUAUUAGUAAAUUUUCUAAUUUUUGUUAUUCAAAAAGUUCGAAAAAGGGAAUUUUGAUACUGUCUAAUUUAUUCAUACCUAAUUCUAAGCUUCUAAUAUUGGAUAAAACAGAUGAUGAAAUAUAUAAUUAUGCAAAAAAUAAAAAAGGAAAAAAAUGUGAAGACUUAGAGAAAGAAGCUUUAUUUACACAUUCAUUCAAAGACAUUCCAUCUGAAUUUUUAAAUUCGUCUUAUUUUAUAUAUGAAACAAAUAUAGACCAAGAAUUAACAGAAAAAUAUUUAAAUUUUAUUUUAAUUAAUUGUGGAAAUAAGAUUAAAAAUGCUUUCAAAAUAGAGUUUAGAAAUAAUAUUAAUUUUUUAAAAAAUCAUUUUUCAUGCGAAGAGCAAGGUUUAAUUGAAAUACAUAUGCUAUUAACUGUUAUAUUAAUUGUAUUAUCUUUAGUAUACUUUAGAAAAAGAGAAAAAUUAACUCAAAUAAAUAGCACAUUAGGAGAAUCUAUUAAUUGUGCAUUUCUAUUUUUCUUUUUUUCUAAUUUAUUUUAUUCUAUUCAUUUAAUUUCUUAUGCUUCCAAUGGUUCUGGAUUUAGUAUUCUCAAAGUGCUAAGCCAAAUAUAUGAAUCUAUAUUUGAUUGUUUUAUAAUUACAAUAAUAUUUUAUAUGUAUAAUAAAAACAAUAAUAAAAAAUUUGAAGAAACUUUUAAGUUAUCUUUUACAUAUUCAAUAUUAAAAUUCAUUUAUAUAUUAUUUGAAAUACAAAAUCAUCAAGAUUUAAAUUUAUAUUCCACAUUACAUUCUGCUAUAGGUUUCCCUUUUAUUGUGAACAGAAUCAUUGUUGCAAUAUUAAUUUAUAUAAAUGGAAAUAAACUUUUAAAAGAAAAAAAAGAUUUAAAUGAAAAAUUUUUCAUUCUUUUUGAUACACUUUUAUAUAACAUAUGGAUAUUAUCAAUACCUGUUCAUUAUUUUUUUAUGAAAAAUUCUUCAUUGCAUUUUACUCAUUUGUUUAUCCAUUUUGUUAAUCUUUUUAUCCUAAUUUAUUUAGUUUAUAAUUUAUCACAAAAGAAAUAUGAAAUUUUAGAUUCAAAGCAUCCUUAUUUAGACUUAUAA